GCGAAGCUUCUGCAACUUUCGCUCAAUCCUUGAAUGAUAUGGCAGGCCAGAUCUCCAGGCAGUACCUGGAGAUACAAGUGGGGGUGGAAGACGUCCGCAGACGCGUGAACAAAGUCUUGAAAGUCUUGAUGACUCAUUCAAAUAAAUCAUCUCAAGAACCCGAUAAUCAAGAACCGUUCGUCACCGUUCCGGUUCCUCUGCAAAUAAGCCUUUCACCUUCUGCAGACCAAACAGCAGAAACACCCUCACUUGAACGGCCCACCGAAGGCAAAUCGAUCAAUCACUUUUGGGGCCUAAUCUAUCGAGUGAACGAUCUCUUGGACCGGAUAGAGGAAGGCUUUAACAAACUGCAAAAUGGCUGGGAUAAAGUCAAUCUUGAACUUGAAGCUGUGGGUAUUACUGGAGUGGACCAAUCCCAUAAUGCCGAGGCCAACCAACUUUGGUCCUCGUACGUCAAACAGACACUGAUGGUCAAACAAUUGUACUCGGCAGUCGAAAUUCCGGAGCAUACUACAAGGCAAAAUCUCCAGGCCUACGUAGCUACAUCUGCAGAAGGACAAGACACAGAUGCCAGUGUCCAAGACGUCUCAGUAAAUCUCAGCGACAUGGCUCAACACGUUGCCAAAGUUCUUGAAUCUCCUUCAUUAAGUUUGCUGUUGUUAAUGUCUCGAAAUCCCAACAACGUGUUACUUCGGAGUUUCACUCGAAGUCUUGCCCUUUGCACCGCACAAAACCCACUGGAUAAGCUCCCAAAGACAUAUCAAACUGUGAUACCGUUGGCUAAAACCACUAAAGAGAAGUGUCAUGAUACCCUCGCAAAUUUUAGGGUGAUGCGCACGCAGGUUAAGGCCAUCGCCGGAGCUAGCAAUUUAUUCCAGGGCAUUCAAGAGAACAAUCCCGUUGCUUCGAUACCUGGAAUCCCUUCCCAUUUUCAAGAUUUGUAUUACUCGAUUUAUCAACUGGCAAGUUGGUGGACCGAACUGGACAUGCAGGCAGGAUGUCUCUUGGCGGAGCUAGGAAACAACCAAACCUCUUUGCGCCUUCGCAGCACCAUCCGAUAUUGGACAAAACUGAAGGACGAUAGCGUAAACUAUCAAGAGCUGCCAGCGCAGCAUGGAAGUCUCGCCUAUUUGAGGAAUCAUAUCUGUUGCUGUUGAUAGAGCUGAGUAUGUUUAGGUUAUGUUUGUGAUUUCAUCCCCUUCAGCCACAUUUGCACCUGUCUACAUUUACACCGCGUUGUCUGUAGUGUCUUCAAACCUGUAGACCCUGAUAUGAUUUCUUCUUAUCAAGUUGGUUCACAAUUGUUUCUCAGCCAUAUGCGUCUAAUAACACAACAUUUGCUGUC